AAAGUUUGUGGAAAAACAUCCGAGCAUCAAUAAUGUGAGGCAAAGUCCAACAGUUUGAAAAAUUCAAACUGAACGGAGUUUCUAUUGUAAAAUCUGAGACAGUUUUCCUUCUGUUAUUAUAGGAAGGAACAUAUUAUUUCAUAAUUAAAAUAUUUCAUGGUGCUGCAGCACAUCACGAAUUUAUAUUUUAUGAUUAAAAACUGAUCUGAUAAAUAGUGYUAUAUGUGUUUAUUUCUUGUUUUGACAUGAAAUCACAUGCCGAUGAUGAAGUUGGUGUGUAAAUAUUCACCUUGUGGCACUGUCAGCAUUCCAUACAUGUCCAGGGAUCCGAYAGAAGAAAAUAAAUCAGAACAGAAAYAUUUGAGACCUGAAUUGAUCUGAGAAAUUUAGUUUUGUUGAAGGAAUUUUAAUUAAUAUUCCACAAUAUUUGAGAAGAUGUUGAGCUUCUUGGUUCAUAAUAAUACGGUGGAWGCAGGUGAACAUAUUGGACAUCCGGGUCACCUGCUGGAAUGCAGCAGGUGAGUUUGGGGUUAAAUACCUGCGGUGGGCGGGGCUUCGGUGAGCUGACAGAACCAACCGCCCGACCUUUGAGACAGCAGAACCUGGACGAGCCCAGCAUGGCCACAGACUUCACUCAGGACGCGGUUCUGGUUUUCCUGCAGCGCUGCGGCGGUUCGGCGAAAAACACGGAGCUGCUGGCCCACUUCCUGCCCUUCCUGCGGGACAAACCGGACAACGUCGGGAACCGAGAUCGCUUCAAGAGUUUCGUCAACUCGGUGGCAACCGUGUCGAAGAUCGACGGGGUGUCCACCGUGACCCUCAGGAAGAAGUACAGAGGCCAUGUCCCCGGUGCAGGUUCGGGCAGAGACUCCGCGGAACCCGGUCCGGUCGGAGCCAGCUUAUCGCCGGCGGUAAGCGUCGCCCCACCGGGAGACACCGAGAGGAAUCCCGCCCUACCUGCGGCUGGGAUCGUGGUGGAGGAGAGCGGUACCAGGCUGAAGUACAGGGGAAACCCGAGUCCAGAACCCGUCCAGGCAGGAAACUGGGUUCCAGAACUAUCAGAGGUUCCUUAUCAGAGCAAAMCUGAGGAACAGAACAGGCUGGUUUCUGCACCUGGUGGUCCAGCUGUGAGACAUCAGGACUACAUCUCUGAGCCAAUCAGAUGGCAGGAAAUGCCUCAAGAAAGUUUUGUUCCAGCCCCCACCAGAAGACCGGAAGUCCCCCAUCAGGACCGCUUUCCAGAACCGAUCAGAGGCCAGGACUAUGAACCUAUUGGAGGACAUAUUGUCCACCACCAGGACUACACACCCAGACCUCCUGGAAGGCAUGAAGUCCCUCAACAGGACUUCCCCCAUAUGCCCUCUAGGAGAGUGGACAAACCACAUCAGAGGACCGCUCCUGAACCCGUCAGAGGACACAUCGUCGGCCGUCAGGACCAUGCCCCAGACCCCGGUGAAAGGUGGGAUCCCCCAAAUCAGGGAACCUUCUCGGAACCCAAUAAAGGACGUAUCGUCAGCCGUCAGGACCAAUCCCCAGAUCCCAUCAGAGGACAGAAGACCUCUCAUCAGAACCGCGUUGCUGAGCCCCUCAGAGGACAUGUUGGUAACCGUCAGGAYCACUUCCCAGGGCCUGUUAGGAGACAGCAGGUCCUUCAUCAAAGUCCAUUCCCAGCCCCCAAAAGAAGAAGGGAUGUCCCACAUCAGGAUCCAAGAGGAUAUAUGAUUAGCCGUGUCCCAGAACCCAUCAGAGGACAGAAUGUGUUUUAUCAGGACCCCAGCAGAGAUCCCCUGAGAGGUCGGGAGGUCUCUGCCCACCAUCCCACACCUCAACCACCAAGAGGACAGCAGAGCUUUUACCAGGUCCCUCAAAAUCCAGAACACCUCGGGGGAUGGGAAAUUCCUUAUCAGGAUCCCAUUCCUGAAUACCUCAGUGGACAGCAGGUCUCCCAGAAUCCAGAACCUCUCAGGGGACAGCGGAUUCCUUAUCAGGUCCCUCAAAAUCCAGAACCUCUCAGAGGACAAUGGAUUCCUCAUCAGGUCCCGCAGAUACCAGAACACCUCGGGGGACAGGAGAUUUCUUAUGAAGACCUUGUCCCAGAAGCCUUCAGAGGACAGAACAUCUAUUAUCAAGAUCCCAUUCCAGAAUAUCUCAGUGGACAUCAGAUUCCCCAAAAUAUAGAACUUCGUAGGGGACAGCAGGUCCCCCAGAAUCCAGAACCUCUGAGGGUAGAACGGGUUCCUCAACAGAUACCAGAACACCUUAGGGGGCAGGAGAUUCCUUAUGAGGACCCUGUCCCAGAAGCCCAAAAUAUAUUUUAUCAGCAUCAAAUUCCAGAAUACUUCAGUGGACAUCAGGUCCCCCAGAAUCGAGAACCUCUUAGGGGACAGCAGAUGUCUUAUGACCCUGUUCCAGAACCUAUCAAAGGACAGGAAAUCUAUUUUCUAGACUCCAAUCCAGAGUUACAYAGAGGACAGAAGAUUCCUUAUCAGGAUCCAAUACCUGAAUACCUAAGUGGACAGCAAAUCCCCCAGAAUCCAGAACGUCUGUGGACAGCAGAUCCCCCAGAACCYGAGAGGAAUCUAGAACCUCUCAGAAGACAGCAGGUCCACCAGAAUCCAGAACCUCCUAAUGGACAAGAUAUACCCCAGAAUCCAGAACUACGUAGGGUACAUCAGAAGAAUCAAGAACCUCUUAAAGGACCGCAGGUCCCCCAAAAUCUGGAACCUCUCCAGAGACAGCAAGUCCCCCAAAAUCUGGAACCUCUCCAGAGACAGCAGGUUCCCCAAAAUCUGGAACCUCUCCAGAGACAGCAGGUUCCCCAAAAUCUUGAACCUCCUAAGAAAAAGCAGAUCUCUCAGAGUCCUGAACUACGUAGGGUUCUUCAGAAAAACCUAGAACCUCCUAAGGAACAGCAGGUCCCCCAGGCUCAAGAACCUCUUAAAGGACCGCAGGUCCCCCAAAAUCUGGAACCUCUCCAGAGACAGCAAGUCCCCCAAAAUCUGGAACCUCCUAAGGAAAAGCAGAUCUCUCAGAUGCCAGAACUACGUAGGGUUCUUCAGAAAAACCUAGAACCUCCUAAGGAACAGCAGAUCCCCCAGAAUCUAGAACCUCUUAUGGGUCAGCAGGUCCCCCAGAAUCUAGAACCUCUUAUGGGUCAGCAGGUCCCCAAGAGUCCAGAACUACGUAGGGGUCAGAAAAUCUCCUUCCAGAAUCCCGUUCCUGAAUCCCCCAAAGGACAGCAGAGUCCUCCUCAGGACCCAGAACCUGUUGGAGGACAUGAACCCGCUCCUCRGCUCCAUCAGGCUCCGGCCCGCCGCUUCAGAAACAGGCAGAGCUACAGAUCAGCUGUUUCUCAGGAUGAUGACCACAAAGAGGAGGAGGAGGAUGUCCAGAUCAGACGGGGCUCAGCAGGAGGUCCGUGGCCCCUGAACGCCCCUCUCAGUGACGUGGCGAGGGCCACGUCUGCCUCCUCAYCCUGCAUCAUAGAGUCCCCGGCUCCUCCCUCCUCUUCCUCAGGGAGUAAGGUUCCUCAGAUCUACAUCCAGAACUCGGACGUUGAAGUUCUGGCGUCUCGGUCCCACUCGGAGUCCAAGUCCAGACUAGAACCCGGACCUGUCCCGGUGGAGUCCGUGAGACRCAGUCUGCCUCUAGAAGCAGAGUUCAGCACCGAACGCCACCAUGACAAGCGCGCUGCUCGGACCUCUGAACCAAUCGGGCCCCAUCGGAACCAGAGGCUGUCGUCCAGUCAGAGCGACAUCUUCGACUCGCCGUUGGAUGUGAGGUCCUCCGUCAGCGACUGGCCUCCGUCUGGGUCCUCCAGAACCUCCGGAGCAGAUAAUCCUGCGGUUUCGUCGACGUCGCUGGAGGUUCUGCAGGAGUCCAACAGAACCAAACCGGAACCUACGGCCCGUCGGUCCAUCCUGAAAAUGCCGCUCCAUCAGUCGAUGGGGAAUCUCUGCGACGACCUGCCGCAGACGACCAGUCGGAAGCUGCCUCUCUACCUGUCCAGCGACCAWCUGAAUGACCACCAGCAGUUCGCGUCCAGAGGAUCAUCCCUGAAUCAGUCCACAGAUGARCUCUAUGGUGACAUGAAGUCGAGCAACAGCUCCAUCGACUCGCCUCGCGUGACGCUCCGCUCGGCGGCGGCUCGGCGGAUGAGCAGCCGACUGAGGAACCGGAUUUGCCGCAGCUUGGGAACCGACUUGGACCAGGAAGAAGGCGSCGUAGGACUGGAGGACGCCAGACUGGAACGGCUUCACCGGAUCUCGUCCUCGCUCAGUCUUCCCCACCACCUGUCCUCCUCGUCCCUGUCGUCCUCCACCACGCCGCCGCGAUGCGCCAGCCCCGKCGCCUCAGAGGGCGGGAGGAAGGAAGCCAGGAGGAGCCUUCACUCUCACAACGCCGGAAAGUCUGCGGUUCCUCUGGACGCCCUGGAGCACCACUGGAUGGUGAAGGCAGCGGCGGGAGCCUGGCCGGACGUCUACGCUCUGUUCAGGGCCGACUCCUCGCUGCUCAACCGGCAGGACUUCAUCUCCGGCUUCACGGUUCUGCACUGGAUCGCCAAACAUGGCGACCACMGAGUCAUCAACACCCUGCGGUACGGGAUGGAGCAGAAAGGCCUGAGCUUCGACGUGAACGCCAAGUCCACGGCGCGUCAGACGCCUCUCCACAUCGCCGCCAUCCACGGCCACAAAAACAUCAUCCGGCUGCUGGUGAAGAAGUUCGGCGCCGACGUGAAGCUGAGGGACGCGGCGGGGAAGAAGGCCUGGCAGUACCUGAGCGACCGAGCCCCGGACAUCCUGGAGCUGCUGGCGGCGCCGCCGAAGGCCGCGCUGACCAGCGGCGCCGAGAACGACGAUCCGGGCUGGAAGCCGCCCAAACAGCAGCAGCGCCGCCUGCGCCACCACUUCUCCUCGGCCUCCUCCGGCCAGAGGCCGCAGGCGCUGACCGUCGCGGCGAAGGUCAGCAGGUCGACGUCCAUCGCUGCGCUGCUGAAGCCCAAAUCUCUGCAGCGGUUCUAGCAGAACCAGAACCGGUUUGCUGAGUCUCCCUGCUGUUACAGACGUGUUCCUGCCUGCCUUCCUCCACCCUGAACAUCCAGCUGAACUUUAACUUUUACUGCUUUUUACUGGAGCUGAUCUGGGUUUGCAGUUUAGACAUCAAGUCUCUAAAAAACAUCUGUUGAUGUUUGGAUUUAUUAACAUUUUGCUCUAAUUAAUGGAAACAUGACAAUAAAUGACUAAAAUCAAAUUAAACAUUUGAUACCAG